AAAAGUUAUCUCAAGAAAACAGAAAGAGUUAAAAUCGAAAGCCCAACCCACUUAGAGGCCCAUCAAUUCAUCGCCGUUUGCAAUUGCCGUAUCAGAAACAACAAGUUGUUGGAUUAGAAUUUUGAAUCGAACUGAAAAGCUCAACUCACCGGAAAAAUCACCGGAGUUCGUUACCAGCCGCCGCAAAGACCGACUAUUGGAACCUCAGAGAUCAUGGACAUUCAAAAAAGCCAAACUGAAAAGCAGCCUUCAUCAGCUGCAGUUGCAACUUCAUGUCGAAAGAAAAAGCACGAAGAAGCCGCAUUCUUGGAGGAUAUAAAGGAUCACAUUGACGAGUUUAUUCAUGCUUCUAUGGAUGAACACAAAACAUGCUUUCAGAAAACAAUUAAAAAGAUGUUUGGUUUGUCUAAGGUAGUUGCUGAAGCAAAUGCUGCUAAAGAAGUUGAAAGUUCUUUGGCUCUUCAGACAGUUUUAAAGGAGUAAAUUUAUUAAUUUUGAUUUGAACAGCUAGGUUUAAUUGAGUCAUGUGGUAAUAACCUACAAAUAUUUUGUUAUUAUAUUUACGUUAGGAAUAAAUAAAAACACUAUUAUUCAUGAA